AUGUCCGCCGCCGUCACUGCAAGCAACGCCGCCACCGCCGCCAACGGCUCAUCAGCAGCUUCCUCUUCCUCGGCCGUCGCUGCUGGUAACAAUGCCUCCAAGCCCGCCGUCCAGGCCUCCGAGGUAGGCUGGCUCUUCGUCACCCAGUACUACACCUUCCUUAACCAGAACCCGGGCCGUCUCCACUGCUUCUUCACCAAAAAAUCAACCAUGGUCCACGGCACCGAACAGGAGGAGUCGUCGCCGUGCUUCGGCCAGCAGCAGAUCCACGACAAGAUCACCUCGCUCGACUUCCAGGACGCCAAGGUGUUUGUCUCCAAUGUCGACACCCAGAGCUCUGCGAGCGGCGGUAUCCUCGUCCAGGUUCUUGGUGAGCUCAGCAACAACGGAGGCGCUUGGAGGAAGUUUGCCCAGACCUUCUUCCUGGCCGAACAGCCCAACGGCUACUACGUCCUCAACGACAUCUUCCGCUACCUGAAGGACGAGGAGGAGAUUGAGGCUGAGGCAGAGGCUGUCGACGAGGCUCUCCAGGACGAGAUCGACGAGGCCGACAAGAAGGGUGUCGAGGUGCCCCACACCAUCGAGGUCAACAACAUCGGUAACGCCAACGCCGUUCCCCACCUUCCUUCCGUCAGCACCCCUUCCAAGGCCAUCGAGUCGGCCGACACCGAGCCAGUCGCCGAGCAGGAGACUUUUCAGGUGGGCGCUCCCUCUGCUGUCGACGAGGCUGUGGCUACCUCGACCGCUGCUGAGCCCACCAAGGCUGACGCUGAUCAGAUCGGCGUCGACAAGAAGGUGACCGCUGUCGAAGCUGAUGAGGCUCCUGUUGCUUCCAAGGGCGCACAAGAUGCUGCCGCUGCCGCCAAGACCGAGACUGCGCCAGCUGCUACCUCCUCCGCUCCCGAUGCUGCUGCUGCGCCCGCACCCGCGCCUGCUGCCGCUCCUGCGCAGCCCACCGGUCCACCCAAGCCCAAGACGUGGGCUACGCUUGCUGCUUCGGAUGCCACUCGAUGGGGAUCCAACGUCUCGACCGAAGCAAAGGGCGUCUCUUCGUCUCGCCCCGCCGCUGCAGCAACCAGCGCCAAGCCUGCCUCGGCCGGUGGUGCUGGUGCCGGAGCCUCUCCCAAGUCGGCCGCUGCCGCUUCGAGCGGUGCCAGCUCGUCGCCCUCGGUGUACAUCAAGAACGUCGUCGCCGAACAGGUCACCGAUGCGGUGCUCCGUCAGGCGCUCGAGGCGUUCGGCACGGUCAAGGACCUGCAGAUCAUCGCUAGCCGAUCGUGCGCCUUUGCCGAGUUCAGCAGCGUCGACGGUGCGCGCAAAGCGGCCGCCAAGGGAAGCGUGGCUGUCGGCAAGAACGGAUGGAACGUGACGAUCGAGGAGCGACGAAAGCCUGCUGCUGGCGGUGGUGCCGGCGGCGCUGGUGGUGCACGCGGUGCUGGUAAUGGUGGCGCUCGCAACGGUAACGGUGUUGGUGGAGGUGCUAGGGGUGGUGCUGCACGUGGUGGAGCGAAUGUUCGUGGUCGUGGUGGUGCUGCUCGUGGCGGUGCCAACUGA